UUAGGUCGAAACCAUUGAGCUAGGAUUCACCUACGCUAACCAGAGUUACUAUCUUCGCUGGUUUCCGUCGGCAGCUCUCUCCACAUUUGAUUAUCGUCCCUUGCCAUUGGUCGCUUGCAACUACACUACUCGGCUAGAAGAGAUUAAAUCUCACAUUGCAAACGGCUCGCCUCUAAUCGAUGGUGAAGAAUGCGUCGUUUUCAACUCUAAUCUCACUCCAUUCUGGGAGUUUUUCAGCAAUCAAUUAUCUGCUGAGAUUCUCCCGAAGGUCUCUAAUUUAGAGAUGAGUCUAAGGCACACACCUCCAGUGUUAUGUAAUGAGAAGUAUACGAUACUUUGCCAUGUCCUCAAUACAGAAGACAGGGACAUCACUGACUUGACUAUUUCCGCAAUGCUGGCUGGUGGGGGAACAAAUGACCCCACUUUGGAAGUAGCUGCAACUCCCCUAGACGCACCUCAACGCUUGGGAAGUGUAGCUGUGGGACAGAUGGCAAGUCGUAACCUCAAUCCAACCUCUUCGUCCGGUGAAGACCUGUUCUCUCAAGUCUUAAUUGCCUCUACUAUCUCCCAGGGUGCCGAUUUAGUCUGUCCAAUCUCUGUUCACUGUCCUAAAUUUGCUGGAGAUCGCAGUUUGCGUGUGGACGCCCAUUACGAUAUGUUGGCCCACUUGCCCUCUCCCGGCGUCAACGUCUUUUCUUGGCGCUCGAAUGGCUCAAUUUGCCUCGUGUAUAGUGGCAAUAACACAGAGGCUCCAUCUAGUCUCACGCUAACCCGUUGCGUUCAAUCCAAACGAGUACAAUUGUCUGUAAUUCCACCCUUUGAAGUCGCCUCUCGUAUACUCUCUCUCAAGCAUGAAGCUAUCACCACAGUUGUGACAGGAAAACCAUUUAUUCUUGAGGUCUCACUUACAAAUUGCUCACCCUGGCCAAUCAACGUGGAGAACUCGCAUUUUAAUUUCGUAUGUCUCUACUGA